AUGGCUAGGGAGCCUUCUAUUGCUUUAAAAACUAUUAUGCCCUUUUCGUCGUCGGACCGCCGACAAAAAAAAAGGGUUUCCGAUUUAGAAGACGAAGCGCCAUUAAUACAAAACGAAGAUUUGGACAGUUCUUCAUCUUCACAAACAUCAACUAGUAGACAACGAAGACGUCCAACACCAUCAACAACACAACUUCCUUCAAAUAUGGCAAGAGCACCGUCAUCAAAAUCACGAAAGAUAUCAUUUAAUGCACCAGGAUAUAUUAUUACAUAUUUUGGACCAUUAUGUUUUGUGUUACUUGUCACAAUGGGAAAAGAAGCUUAUGAUGAUUGGAAAAGGUAUAAAAGAGAUCAAGAAAAUAAUUCACGAAAAUACGAGAUAUUAACUCGUAAUGGGAAAAAAAUUAUCCCAAGUUCAAAAUUACGAGUUGGAGAUUUAGUAUUUAUACAUAAAGAUCAAAGAGUUCCUGCCGAUGUUAUUUUAAUUAAAACAAGUGAAUCAAGUGGAGGAUGUUUUAUUCGAACUGAUCAAUUAGAUGGUGAGACUGAUUGGAAAUUAAGACUUGCUAUACCAUCUUGUCAAAAAUUAUCAAAUGAUAAUAUUCAUAAUUUUAUUGGCACAUUUACAAAACAAAUGCCUGGAAAUAUUAUACCACAAGUAGAAGCACUUAAUGUAGAAAAUACCAUGUGGAUGAAUACAGUUCUUGCUUCUGGAACUGCUAUAGGUUUUGUUAUAUAUACAGGAAAAGAUACUCGAGCAGUAAUGAAUACUGGUAAUCCAGUAACAAAAGUUGGAUUAUUAGAUAAAGAAAUAAAUAAUCUUUCUAAGGUUUGUCUUCGGGUCAAUUUGGAUUUGGGAAAAACAGUUUAUGCAUAUCAAACUAUGCACGAUGAAGGAAUAAAAGGAACUAUAGUUAGAACAAGUACAAUUCCCGAAGAACUCGGUAGAAUUGAAUACUUAUUAUCUGAUAAAACGGGGACUCUUACUAAAAAUGAAUCUAUAGAUGAAAUAUCUAAUCAACUUACUAUCGCAUUUCAACAAUCAAGAGUUUCUGGAAAAGGUCGAAGAGAUAUGACUUCAAGAGUUCGUGAUAUUGUACUUGCAUUAGCGUUAUGUCAUAAUGUAACUCCAGUCAUAGAUGAAGGAGAUGAACCUGUUUAUCAAGCAUCAUCACCUGACGAAGUAGCAAUAGUUCGUUGGACAGAACGUGUUGGUUUAACAUUAGUAUUUCGUGAUAUAAACGAAAUACAUCUUAAAACAUCAACUGGAAAUAUCCUUGUAUUUCAAAUUCUACAUACUUUCCCUUUUACCAGUGAAUCAAAAAGAAUGGGAAUAAUUUUAAGAGAUAAAGAAACAAAUGAAAUUAUAUUUUAUCAAAAAGGUGCUGAUUCCGUAAUGAGUAGAAUUGUUCAAUAUAAUGAUUGGUUAGAAGAAGAAUGUGGAAAUAUGGCAAGAGAAGGUUUAAGAACUUUGGUCAUUGCAAGAAAGAAAUUAUCCGAGGAUUCUUAUAAUGAUUUUGCCGAGAAAUAUCAUCAAGCAAAAGUUUCUGUUUCUGAUCGUAAAGCUCAAGAAACAGCUGUAGUAACCGAUAUUUUAGAAAAAGAUUUGGAACUUUUAGGAGUUACGGGAGUUGAAGAUAAACUUCAAGAUGGUGUAAAAACUACUCUUGAACAAUUGAAAGCCGCUGAUAAAGUAGAGACAGCUACAUGUAUUGCUGUUUCAUCAAAAUUAGUACAAAGGAGUCAACACAUUCAACAAAUUUCCCAACUUAAAACGAUGGUAGAAGCUGUUGAAGGAUUGGAUACUUUACAAAGCAAAAGUCAAAGUUGUUUACUUUAUUUGGAUCAUUAUAAGAAUGAAUUCAUAGAGGUUGCCGUUAGAUUACCCGUCGUGGUUGCAUGUCGUUGUUCUCCUACACAAAAAGCGGAUAUAACACGUUUAAUUAUUGAUUUCACCAAUAAAAGAGUUUGUGCUAUAGGAGAUGGUGGUAACGAUGUUAGUAUGAUUCAAGCAGCACACGUUGGUGUUGGUAUUGUAGGGAAAGAAGGACGACAAGCAUCUUUAGCAGCUGAUUUCUCAAUUCUACAAUUUAGUUACUUGACUAAACUUUUAUUAUGGCAUGGAAGAAAUAGUUAUCAUCGUUCUGCCAAACUUGCACAAUUCGUUAUUCAUCGAGGUCUCAUAAUAUCAGUAAUACAAGCAGUAUUUUCUGCUAUCUUCUUUUUCGCCCCAAUCGCACUUUAUCAGGGUUUCUUGAUUGUUGGUUAUGCUACCAUAUAUACAAUGUUUCCUGUAUUCUCAUUAGUAUUGGAUGAAGAUGGACGUUCAUUAUCAUUAAGAACAUUCUUUCAAUGGUUAAUGAUUAGUAUUUAUCAAGGUGGAGCGAUUAUGAUUAUGUCGAUUUUAUUAUUUGAAGAUGAAUUUGUCAAUAUUGUCUCUAUUUCAUUUACGGCUUUAAUCCUUAAUGAGUUGAUCAUGGUGGCAUUGGCAAUUAAUACUUGGUACGUUUAA